AUCGUCACCGCUUCCCAGGCUCACGCUGACAUCGAUAAUCUGCCUCUCUCUCCCGGUAUCAAGAAAGGAAGGCAAAGCACCAAUUGCUUUUUUUUGCUUCUACACUCACCUUGGAUGCCUUGAACACCUUCCCAUUGAUCCCUAUACAUCCACGCAGCUAGCUCUGCUUCCUUUCUUUCCUUGCAGCUGCUGGGAUUGACAAGAUAACAAGCAUGGCCUUCUUCUUUAAUCGUGGUCGAUCCCGGCAACCAUCUGAUGUGGUGAGAUCAAUCAAAGACUUGUUGGUGAGACUUCGUGAAUCUCCAACCACAGCCAAGAUUGAAGAUGAAUUGGCCAAACAGCUCUCUCAGAUGAAGUUAAUCGUCCAGGGAACCCAAGAAAUCGAAUCAUCGCCAGAACAGGUUCAUGCUUUAGUCCAAGCCACACUCCAGGAGGAUCUACUGUAUGAGCUUGCUCGUGGCCUUCAUCGCCUCCCAUUCGAAGCUAGAAAGGAUACACAGACCAUAUUCUCUCAUAUACUUCGCUUCAAACCGCCCGUCUCUAACAACGCUGACCCUCCCGUUAUCUCCUACAUCGUACACAACCGACCAGAGGUUGUUAUCGAGCUAUGUAAAGGCUACGAACAUAGUCAGAGCGCGAUGCCGUGCGGUACCAUUCUAAGGGAGGCGCUGAAGUUCGACGUGAUCGCAGCGAUUAUUCUCUAUGACCAGUCCAGCGAGGGAGAGCCCGCCAUCCGGCUCACAGAAGUCCAACCCCACGUUCCUCAACAAGGGACUGGCAUAUUCUGGCGCUUUUUCCAUUGGAUUGAUAGGGGGAGUUUCGAGCUAAGCGCUGAUGCAUUCACUACAUUCAGAGAAAUUUUAACUCGCCAUAAGUCCCUUGUAACGGGGUACCUGGCAACUAAUUUUGAUUACUUUUUUGCCAAAUUUAACGGUGUUCUCGUGCAAUCUGAUUCGUACGUCACCAAACGACAGAGCAUCAAGCUGCUAGGCGAGAUUCUAUUGGACCGUGCAAAUUACAAUGUGAUGAUGGCAUAUGUUGAAAGUGGAGAGAACCUCAAGCUUUGCAUGAAACUGCUCCGAGAUGAUCGUAAGAUGGUUCAAUAUGAGGGAUUUCACGUGUUUAAGGUAUUUGUUGCGAACCCAGACAAAUCAGUGGCGGUACAGCGGAUUCUUAUCAACAAUCGAGAUCGACUGUUGAAAUUCCUGCCGAAAUUCCUGGAGGACCGCACGGAUGACGAUCAGUUCACAGAUGAGAAGAGUUUCCUGGUUCGACAGAUUGAACUCUUACCCAAGGAGCCCAUUGAGCCCACACGUCCCGCACGCGAACCCUCACGCUCGGCUGUUAACACUACUGCGGUCGCGUGAGAAAGGGAAUUUUGUCUUCUUUGCCUACUUCUUCUCUUACAAUUAUUUACAUAUGUUCUGGUGGAAAAAUUUUGUGCACUGUGUGUACAUAAGACCUUUAUCACCGUUUGCACUUAUGGCCAGCUGGCAUCUGACCGUUAUGGAGUUAUGAUAUGAUUGAAAUUUGAGGCAAACAUAAAUAGGAUGUUGCUGUUGAACAGGGCAUGUCGGUACCAACGGUGGAGAGGAGACAGGAAAAAACGGAGGGGACAGACAGGAACAGGAAAUUCAGGUGGUCCUUGCAUUUAUAUAGGAUGUAGAUAGGCACUGGAGUGGACCAGGAACCCGAAUCAACCUCCUUGACAUGUUUACAAAGUAGCAGAUUCCUACCUAGUAGUUUAUAG